CCCGCGCCCGUUGCUCGCUGCCAGAGCCGCUUUGUGUCGCGGCGCGGGGGACCCGGGCGUGGAGCCGGCGGGCACAGCCUCAGCAUGGACGUGACCGUCUCGGAGCUCAUGGAGCUCUUCCUGCAGAGCCCGCUGGUGACCUGGGUGAAAACUUUUGGCUCAUUCGGCAGCGGCAACCAGGACAACCUGACAAUGUACAUGGAUUUAGCGGACGGCAUCUUUUUGAACCAAAUCAUGUUGCAAAUAGACCCCAGGCCAACAAAUCAGCGCAUCAACAAGCAUGUUAACAACGAUGUGAACCUCCGCAUUCAGAACUUGACCAUCUUGGUGAGAAACAUUAAGACCUACUACCAGGAAGUUCUCCAGCAGCUGAUCGUAAUGAAUUUGCCCAAUGUCUUGAUGAUUGGCAAAGACCCGCUGUCUGGGAAGAGCAUGGAAGAAAUAAAGAAGCUGCUGCUGCUGGUACUAGGCUGUGCCGUUCAGUGUGAGAGGAAAGAGGAAUUUAUUGAGAGAAUCAAACAGCUGGACAUUGAGACCCAAGCCGGGAUCGUGGCCCAUAUACAGGAGGUGACCCACAACCAGGAGAACGUGUUCGACCUGCAGUGGCUGGAGCUCCCCGACGUGGCCCCAGAGGAGCUGGAGGCCCUCUCGAGGAACAUGGUGUUUCAUCUCAGGAGGCUCAUCGAUGAGCGAGACGAGUGCACGGAGCUGAUCGUGGACCUGACCCAGGAGCGGGACUACCUGCAGGCACAGCACCCGCCCAGCCCGCUCAAGUCCUCCAGCGCCGAGUCCACCCCCAGCCCCACCAGCAGCCUGUCCAGCGAGGACAAGCAGCACCUGGCCGUGGAGCUGGCCGACACCAAGGCCAGGCUGCGCCGUGUCAGGCAGGAGCUGGAGGAGAAGACAGAACAGCUUGUGGACACCAGGCACGAGGUGGACCAGCUGGUGCUGGAGCUGCAGAAAGUCAAGCAGGAGAACAUCCAGCUGGCGGCUGAUGCCCGCUCUGCUCGCGCCUAUCGAGAUGAGCUGGAUUCCCUGAGGGAGAAGGCCAACCGCGUGGACAGGCUGGAGAUGGAACUGGUGCGCUGCAAGGAGAAGCUGCACGACGUGGACUUCUAUAAGGCCCGCAUGGAGGAGCUGAGGGAAGACAACAUCAUCUUAAUCGAGACCAAGGCCAUGCUGGAGGAGCAGCUGACCGCGGCCCGGGCCCGGGGCGAUAAGGUUCACGAGCUGGAGAAAGAGAACCUGCAGCUGAAGUCCAAGCUCCACGACCUGGAACUGGACCGGGACACAGACAAGAAGCGAAUUGAGGAGCUGCUAGAGGAAAACAUGGUGCUCGAGAUAGCCCAGAAGCAGAGCAUGAACGAGUCCGCCCACCUUGGCUGGGAACUGGAGCAGCUAUCCAAGAACGCAGAGCUGUCCGACGCCUCCAGGAAGUCGUUUGUGUUUGAGCUGAACGAAUGUGCCUCCAGCCGCAUCCUGAAGCUAGAGAAGGAGAACCAGAGCCUCCAGAGCACCAUCCAGGGGCUGCGGGAUGCGUCGCUGGCCUUGGAGGAGAACAGCCUGAAGUGUGGGGAGCUGGAGAAGGAGAACCACCAGCUCAGCAAGAAGAUUGAGAAGUUACAGACUCAGCUGGAGAGAGAGAAGCAGAGCAACCAGGAUUUGGAGACCCUCAGUGAGGAGCUGAUCAAAGAGAAGGAACAGCUGCAGAGUGACAUGGAGAGCCUGAAGGCUGACAGAGCCAGGCAGAUCAAGGAUCUUGAGCAAGAGAAGGAUCAUCUCAACCAGGCCGUGUGGUCUCUGCGGGAGAGGUCACAGGUCAACAGCGAGGCCCGCGCGAAGGACAUUGAGAAGGAGAACAAAGCCCUCCACCAGACGGUGACGGAGACCAGCAGCAGACUCAGCAAGCUGGAAUUCGAGAAGCAGCAGUUGCACAAGGACUUCGAGCAGGUGAAGGAGAAGGUGGAGCGGGUCGAGGAGCUGGAGAAGGAGCUGCACCGGCUGGAGAAGGAGAAUGAGAAGCUGGCCCAGAAGGUGGCCUCCCUGAACACUGCCACUGAGAAGGUGGACGCCCUGGAGCGCGAGAGUCGGGGCCUGGCGCUGGAGAACCGGAAGCUGAGGAAGUCGUUGGACACCCUGCAGAACGUGUCGGUGCAGCUCGAGGGUCUGGAGCGGGACAACAAGCAGCUGGACGAGGAGAACCUGGAGCUGCGCCGGAUGGUGGAGACCAUGCGCUUCACUGGCGCCAAGAUGGCGCAGAUCGAGCGGGAGAAUGAGGAGCUCGAGCGGGAAAAGGAGGAGCUGAGGAAAAACGUGGAGCUGCUGAAGGCCCUGAGCAAGAAGUCCGAGCGCCUGGAGCUCAGCUACCAGGGCGUGAGCGCCGAGAACCUGCGGCUGCAGCAGACGCUGGAGGGCAGCAACCAGAAGGCCCAGGCCCUGGAACAGGAGCUCAGGGAGCUGGAGGCCGAGAACCAGGCCCUGCAGCGCGACCUGGAGGCCCUCCGGCUCGCCAAUAAGCAGCUGGAGAGGUCGGAGAAGGACAGGAAGGCCCUGGAGCAGGAGGUGGCCCAGCUGGAGAAAGACAAGAAGCUGCUGGAGAAGGAGGCCAAGCGGCUGUGGCAGCAGGUAGAGCUCAAGGACGCGGUCUUGGAUGACAGUACCGCCAAGCUGUCCGCUGCCGAGAAGGAGAGCCGCGCCCUGGACAAGGAGCUGGCCCGCUGCAGGGACGCGGCCAGCAAGCUGAAGGAGCUGGAGAGGGACAACAGGGACCUCACCAAGCAAGUCACCAUGCAUACGCGGACGCUGACUACCCUGCGCGAGGACCUGGUGCUGGAGAAGCUCAAGAGCCAGCAGCUGAGCAACGAGCUGGACGAACUGAGCCAGGGGCUGGAGAAGGUCGGCCUCCACAAGGAGCUGCUGCUGCAGGACAAAAGCGACACAAAAUUCAAUAUUUCGGAGGGCAGAAAUGAGUCAGCGUUAAAAACAACAUUAGCCAUGAAAGAAGAAAAGAUUGUGUUCUUAGAAGCACAGAUGGAAGAGAAAACCAGCCUGAACCACCAGUUACAGAAUGAACUCCAGGUGCUGAAGACAGAGUGUGAGAUCCUCAGGCAGAACCGGGAGGAAGGGAAGCACUUACAGAACUCUUUCAAACACCCUGUGGAGACUUUGGUCACUGGUCACCAGGGGAAGGAGUCCUGGGGGCCCAGCCACAAGGAGGCCACCAUGGAGCUGCUCCGAGUGAAGGACCGGGCCAUCGAGCUGGAGCGGAAUAAUGCGGCCCUGCAGGCUGAGAAGCAGCUGCUCAAGGAACAGCUACAGCACUUGGAGACCCAGAACGUGGCUUUCAGCACUCAGAUCCUGACGCUGCAGAAGCAGAGCGCCUUCCUGCAGGAGCACAACACCACGCUGCAGACCCAGACGGCCAAGCUGCAGGUGGAGAACUCCACCCUGAGCUCCCAGAGCGCCGCGCUCACUGCGCAGUACACGCUGCUCCAGAACCAGCAGACGGCCAAGGAGAGCGAGAACGAGACCCUGCAGCGGCAGCAGGAGCAGCUGACGGCGGCCUACGAGGCCCUGCUGCAGGACCACGAGCACCUGGCUGCACUGCACGAGCGCCAGUCCUCGGAGUACGAGGCCCUCAUCCACCAGCACAGCUGCCUCAAGACGCUGCAUCGCAACCUGGAGCUGGAGCACAAGGAGCUCCGCGAGAGGCAUGAUGGCAUGCUGAAGCAUAAGGCGGAGCUGGAUGAGCUGGAGAAGGUUUUGAACACCGAGAGGGAGGCUCUGCAGCAGGAGCAGAGGACGGGUGCCAUGGCCGUGGGUGAGAACCAGCGGCUGCGGGGCGAGCUGGACAGGGUCAAUUUCCUGCACCAUCAGCUGAAGGGGGAGUACGAGGAGCUGCACGCCCACACCAAGGAGCUGAAAACCUCCCUGAACAACUCACAGCUGGAGCUGAACCGUUGGCAGGCACGGUUUGACGAGCUGAAGGAGCAGCACCAAAGCAUGGACAUCUCACUGACCAAGCUGGACAACCACUGUGAGUUGCUGUCCCGUCUCAAGGGGAACUUGGAGGAAGAAAAUCAUCACCUGCUGAGCCAGAUCCAGCUGCUGAGCCAGCAGAACCAGAUGCUCCUAGAGCAGAACAUGGAGAGUAAGGAGCAGUACCAUGAGGAGCAGAAGCAGUACAUAGACAAAUUAAAUGCCCUGCGGAGACAUAAGGAGAAACUGGAAGAAAAAAUCAUGGACCAGUACAAGUUCUAUGAUCCUGCUCCAAAGAAGAAAAACCACUGGAUUGGCGCCAAAGCCUUAGUCAAGCUCAUCAAACCAAAGAAAGAAGGUUCCAGAGAACGACUGAAGUCAACCGCAGAGAGUCCUCCUUGGCAGGUGGAGUCCCCAGACCCAACCUCGCCAUCUCCUCAGCUCCUCAGAUUGCAGCCAGAGAACCCCGAGGCCACCCCGUCUGGCUUCAGCGGUGCAGAAGAGCGGGACACCCUCAACGGGCCUGUGGGUAAAGGCCCUGGGGACCUAAAACCAAAGCAAGGGUCCCCGCACAGAGGCAGCCUUGACCGCACGGAUGCCUCCGCUGACCCAGCCAUGAAGCUCUGGCCCUUGGAGCUGAGCUCACGGACCUGUUCGACCUCAGCCAUCACUACAACCCCUUUCAGCUCCACCCCCCUCACCCGGCACCCAGGCCGCCCCAAAGGCUGUAAUUCAGACGACAGCUUCUGUGACCUGUCCCUGGAGCUGGAUUUCAACCACAGGCAGCACGUGUCCCGGCCAGACAGCUUGGAGAGCAGUCGGAAUGCGUCCAGCGACAGCUCGCCUCUUAACCUGAAAGGUAGGUCAGCCUUGGCUUCCAUGCACGUUUUAGACUAG